GAGCAGCAGCGUGGCAGCCGGGCAGCGGCCCGACUCGUACGUCCCAGGUCGACGGUCCAAGUCAGUCCGCCGUGCGAAACAUGGACGCCGUGGAGAUAAAUACGUCGGGUCCGCCGCAGGGCGAGGACGCGGUCGCGCCCGCCGUGAAGAUAUGCCGCGUCUGCCUGCUCGACAACCCGAUGAUGCGCGACCUCUUCGUGGAGAGCGAGGUCGCGUCCCUCUCGGCGAAGGCGAUGAGCUUCGCCAACGUUAAGAUGUUACCAGGCGACGGUCUACCGGCACAGGUGUGCUGCGUGUGCGCCGACAAGUUGGAGUCGGCGUAUGAGUUUAAGUUGCAAGUGGAGCAGGCCGAUAAUGUUCUACGGGAGAGGCUCGUUGGAGGGAUAAUAAAGGAGGAGUUGUUUCUCAAUGAGGUCGAGAUACACUUGGACGCCGAGAGGAGCGACGGUUUGGACGAGAUGAAUGUCGGCGCGGAUUACGAGACCACCGCCGCGCUGCCAGAAGAGUCGGUGGGUGACAAGAACAGCUUUCUGAAAAGUCACCUAAUGAUUUUGGAAGCUGAAAAGUUGGCGGAGACAGAUGGCGUGCAACAAGAUCCAGAAGAGGAUAAUCCGCAAGUGAUCAUGCAGGAGAGCAUCGCGGACGAAUUGCAGCAGGAAUUGGCCAGUGCGGAAGACAACGAUAUGUCGGAUGCUAUUGACGAUUUUAGAAACGACGGACCCUCCGGCGACGAGAAUAUCAUUCGUAGUUGCACAGAUGCAAUUCCAACGGAGGAACAUGAUUAUAUUAUGCAGCAACAGUGCAUACUGUCCGCUGAGCAACUGUCCUUGCAUAAAGAUAUGCAGAGGGGUGUACCGAAACUUGAACAAGUGGACGCAGUGGAAUGCCAAGAGACACCAUCCGAGCAAGACCGAGAGGCGCCAUCCGAGGAGAAUCAGGAGAUUCAGGCUGAGCAAAACGAGGAGAUGCAAGCUGAGCAAAUUCAAGAGGUUUCAGCUCAAGAAAUCCACGAGGCUCAGAUCGAGCAGAACAAAGAGGCUCGAGUUGAACUAAAGCAGGAGGCUCUGCAGGAAAGUCAAGUUGAACAAAAUCAAAAUGACACGAAGGAAAAAUUCUUCGAGGAAGAUGCACCCCAAGCUGACGAGCCAGUAGUGGAACAGGAAUCGUCCCAAAACGAAACUAGACGAAGUAAACGUAGAUUGGCUCGUCGCACGUUCGCCGAGCGGGAUUCCGACGAGGAGAAUUACUUUGAAAAUCUGAAUCUCAGUUCUCGAUUGAAGAAAGCACAGGCGGACAAGGCGGAGAAGAUCUUUUUCAUGUGCUACCUGUGCGACAAACAGUUUCUGUCGAAGAGCGUCCUGAAGGAGCAUAUGCAUUCCCACGAAGAGGUGAGAAAGACGCUGUCCCUGAAGAAAACGCCGGAGAAACCGCAGAAGGCGCAGACCAGCGUUUCCGCCGUGAAAACGCCACCAUCCGGGAAGAAAGCCAACAAGUGCCCUUAUUGUGGUAAAGAGUAUCUGUACAUAAAUUCGUUUACUAAGCACAUUAAGCAACACGAGCGAGAGCGGGAGGAGGCGAAGGAGGAUCCGAUGCCGCUCGAGGUAUCGUUCCACGAGGACGAGCUCAGUCUGGACUUCGAUAACGGCAAUAGAUCGGACGGCGAGAGCAGGAAGCGAAAACGGGGAAGCGCAGUCGACGACGCCGCGAGCGACAGCGAUCAGGACAGGAGAAGAAAGCGCGGUCACGUCGAGGAGUUUGCGUGCGACAAGUGUACGGAAAGAUUCGACACGAAGCGAGGCUUGCAGAAGCACUCGCUCGCGCAUGUUACCUUCAAGUGCAGCGUGUGCGACGAGGAGUACGACACUCUGGAACGACUGAGAAAUCACCGUACGAAGCACGUGGUCGAGGGUGUGCUUUCCGAGCAGGAUUUGGAGGAGGACGUGAAACAGAUGACGGCGAGGACCGUCGAGAACCACGGCGAGGACAACGGGAACGUCAAGGACGAGGAGAGCAGCGGUGAUUUUGUCGAAAAUACGAAGGAGCUGAAGUGUCCGACGUGCUCGAUGACAUUCUCGCGCAAGAAAACGCUCUCCAGACACAUCGAGAUGACGCACCCCGCGCGCUCCUACGAAUGCAAGAUAUGCUGCCAACAAUUCACGCGGAAGGAUCUCCUGCGCAGACACGCCGAGCAGCACGCGCGGGUGAAAACCUACAAGUGCACCCAGUGCAACAAGACCUUCGGCAACGAGCUCACGCUGAGAAAUCACCUAGUUGCCACGAAUCACAAGACAUUCGUACACGGACAGGAAUACGAUCCGAACAAGCGUAUAAAGCGCGUGGCGGCGAGAGCGGCGCAGAAGAUCAUCGACAAGAUCAAGACGGAGGACGGUCUCGAGGAUUACGACGAAGAUAACGACGACAAUAUCGAUUACGAUGCCAAACUGGACGGGCAUUAUCGCCGUAGGCGCGACUCCACACCAAAGAAGUACAGCCAUAGGAAGGAGUUCGAGUGCGCGACCUGCAACAAGAGAUACAGCUCGAAGCAGGCGUUGACGAAGCACAUGGAGCAACAUGUGAAGGAGGAGAAAGCGGAGAAGGCGGCGGAGAAGGCGGCGGAGAAGCUGAAGAAGGCCGCUCUGGAGAAGAAGGAAGUGCAGAGGGCGAGCAACGUGGGCGCGGACAACGAUGACGACGAUAACGACUCCGACUUCGAGAGCGGCCUCGACUGGCCGAUGGACAAUCACGAGUGCAGCACGUGCAAGAAGCGAUACAGCACGAAGAAGUCGCUGCUGCGCCACCAGCUGCUGCACGAGGAGCCGAACUUCGAGUGCGACAUCUGCAACGUCAAGUUCUACCGCAAGGACAAGCUGAAGGCGCACUACGACAAGUGCUCGGAGAAGAAUCCCGAUCAGGUGAGGAAGUGCAACAUCUGCGGCGACAGCUUCGAGAACAACGAGAUGCUGCGCGAGCACAGGGCCAAGCACGUCACCGAGGGUAUCUUAACGGAGGAGGAUCUGAGGGACAUCGAGCCGAGAUCCGAGGAGAAGAAAUCGGGCGAGAAGAUCGGCCGGAAGAGGCGGACCGACAUCGUCGGGCUCGAGUGCACCGAAUGUAACAAACAGUACACCUCCAGGAAGGGCCUGCUGCGGCACAUUCAGGUUCACGAGGGCAAGAAGUACCUGUGCGACAUAUGCCCGAAGAAGUUCUACCGGCGGGAGCACCUGAAGAUCCACGUGGCCAAGCACAACAUGGUCAAGCCGUACAAGUGUACCCGCUGCACGAAGCGCUUCAUCAAGGAGGAGCAGCUCAACAAUCAUCUGCCCAAGCACGAUCGCACGUUCAAGAAGAGCAAGGAGACCGACAGCUCGAAGAGAUUCCUCUGCGAGAUCUGCAGCAAGAGCUUCACGCAGUCGACGACGCUGAUAGCGCAUCUGCGCGCGCACAACGGCAUCAAGCCGUUCGUCUGCGAGGUCUGCUCCAGGCCGUUCACCACCAACGCCUACCUGAAGAUGCACAUGCGCACGCACACGCAGGAACGUCCGUACAUCUGCCAGUACUGUUCGCGUGCGUUCGCGCGCGCCGACACCCUGGCGAAUCAUCUGACGUCGCACACCGGCGAGGCCAAGUACCACUGCAAGUGCUGCCCGAAGAACUUCCGGCGAUUGAAAUCGCUGAAGGAGCACAUGUUUAUUCAUACGGGUCAACGGCCGUACGAGUGUCCGACUUGCGACAGGAAGUUCAACAAUAACGGCAGCCGCUACGCGCACAGCAAGCGCUGCAAGCAGAAUCUUUUGCAGAACCAGAACCGGGCGCAGCAAAUACAGAUUCAGACGCAGCAGCAGCAGCAACAGCAGCAGCAGCAGCAGCAGCAACAGCAGCCGCAACCGCAGCAAAUACAGAUACAGGUGCAGCCGCAACCGCAUCCAGUCAGGUUGCAUCAAACCGCAAUCGGGGCACAAGUGGUCAAGGCACAGAACAUCAAAACGAUCGCUAUAGCGAGGCAAGCCGACCCCACCACGGUGACGACGCAGCAAGUUAUGCAGCAUCAGGAGAUACUGAUGCCUCUAAUCCUGCCGCUUACCGUCACCCUCGCUGACGUAGGCGAAGAGGUAAUAAUACCUGAGGGUACAAAGAUAUUCACCACCUCUUAAUCGAGCCAUCUCUUUCUCGUGCUUGAUAAUAAUAAUAAUAAUGGAAAAGAAGGGAUGCUUUCGUAAGGAUGAAAGCGUAUCGAGACGAUACGUUUCUUGAUCUGAACGAUCAGAACGAAUUUUGCGACAUCCUGUGAAUGUCGUUUUCAUUCCCACAAUUCCGAGAAACGCACGGGAAAAUCCGGAAAUGAUAAUUCGCGACAAAGUAGCUCAUAUUAUUGAGGGAUUUUUCUUGCAUUGGAUAAGAAAGGAUACUACGAUGUGCUCCACUAGCUGUACGAUAAAUACGUGAAUUUAACAGAAGGGAGUAUCAUUUUCGAUUAUGUACGAAACGUUAUAUUGAAGUUUAUUUUUGCAACGGUGACGGCAUUAAUAAUGCGAUAUAUGUAUAAUUUAUCUGGAAGUUUUAGAUAUACGUAUCUUUCCAUAAUAAUAUAUAUUAUCUGGAAAUGAAUAGCGUAAACGUUUUUGACAAAUCAUGGAAAGACGAGAGAGAGGCGCAGAUGUCUUUGUCAUGAAUGUGUGUUGUACAUGUAAUAUAGAUAGAUUUUCUUUAAGAGACAUGAUAUAUGGAUAAGAGAGUAGCUUUUAAAUACUUAAAGCUUAAUGUAUUAAAUACUAUUAGCUUUACUUUCACUUAGUUCGUUCUUCCAAGAGAUCUUUCUUCGUUUUUCUUUAAUCGAAUACUUCCAUUUUCAUACAAGAAUUCGUUCGCAAACAACUUGAAUGUUCUAAAUCUGUCGACGCUAUCAUUUACUUUUACUUUACGAUAGAGGAUUGUUAUAACACAUGUAAUUGCAUAAUUAUAUAUAAUUAUAUGUGUAUAUGUUUAUAAUACAUGUAUAACUUUAUAUGCAUAUAUACAUAUAUUAUAAUUACAUGAUAAUUAUAAUAAUUUUAUCUAGACGUUACACUGAUCUUAAAUAAUGAAUGACAUAUAAGAGACUUUUAGUUUUCUUCUCUGAGAAACUGGAUUUGUAAUUUUUGUUUAAUAUUGCGUAUGUAUAAUAUGUUAUUAUUGAUUCUUGUAGAAAGAAUGUCUUAAGCGAUGUUGUGUAAUGUCGUCUUCUGGAAUUCGCACGAAAUCUUAGUCCUCAUAUAUUUAAAAUAUCAAACAGUUUAUACAAGAAUCUCUAAAAUUACAUAUUGCAAUCAAUUUAGUAAUUUUUUUUCCAUUAAAGCAUACAGCAGCAAAAUGAAGAUCCUAAAAAUUAUAAAUUUUAUAAUAGUUAAGUUUUUAUGCAAUUGUGCUCUUACACACAUAAUAUUAAUUCGUGUCUGCAUAACAAUUGUAAAAUUAGUACGAAACUAAACCACAUGUAUAAAUAUAUCAUAUAAACGUUGUUAUCAUAUGUAUCAGACAUGAUUCUUUAUUCUUAUUACUUAGUUUUUGUUGUAAUAAAUAAAGUAUUUGUUCUAAUCUUA